GCCGGGGGCCUCGGGGCCCUGUGGAAGGGAAACUUCACCGCCUGCCUGCGCCUCUUCCCCUACAGCGUCCUGCAGCUCGCCUCCUACCGCAGGUUUGUCAUGCUCUUCAUGGAUGACAUGGGCCACAUUUCCCACUGGAGUGCCAUUAUGGCCGGAAGCCUGGCUGGCAUGGUUGCAACUGUAGUGACUUACCCUACCGAUGUGGUAAAAACACGACUCAUAGUGCAGAACCGGUUGGAACCAUCUUACAAAGGGAUUCUCCAUGCGUUUUGCACAAUUUCUCAUCAAGAAGGAUUCCUUGCACUUUAUCGCGGUGUUUCGCUGACAGUACUAGGUGCUAUCCCAUUUUCUGCUGGCUCGUUCUUUGUUUACAUCAAUCUGAAUAAAAUGUGGCAAGAGCCCAGCUUUCAUUUCUCUCCCCUUCAGAACUUCAUCAAUGGCUGCCUUGUAGCUGGGGUAGCACAAACACUCUCCUUUCCCUUUGAGACCGUAAAGAGGAAAAUGCAGGCUCAGAGUCCUUGCCUUCCUCACUGGGGAGGGGUUGAUGUCCAUUUUACUGGCAUGGUGGACUGUUUUAGGCAAACGGUAAAGACUAAGGGCGUGCUUGGACUCUGGUGUGGACUCUCAGCCAAUCUGCUCAAGAUUGUCCCAUACUAUGGUGUUAUGUUUAGCACCUUUGAAUUCUGCAAGCGGGUAUGUCUCUACAGAAAUGGUUAUAUCGAAUCUCCCUUAAGCUACAAGCUAAUUCCUGGAGUGGAUCAGAGUUUACAACCACAAGAGCUGCGAGAAUUAAAACUCCUCCGAAGAGGAAAUUUUGAGCCACCGAAGCCAACUCUUGAAAACUGACGUUGGAAAGCUCAUUGAGUAAAUGUAUGUUGCAGUCAUUCUUGGCCAAGUCCACAACCUGAAGAAAGCAAGGCAGAAAGGAAGAUGCAUUGCACUAGAGGUAGCAGCACCUGGUUUACUGUGACUUUCCCAGAGUUUGAAACUCUUGUGUCAAACAUUAAUAAACUUUGUAACCCAUGUAGUGAAUUGAUACACUCAAUUCAAGCUCAUCAGAAGGACACAAACAUUUUGAAACUAUUAUGAUUCUGGAGCUUGAAAUCAACUAAUUUGGGGAUAUUUUCAAUGAUAAAUAGCUUUUUAAUACUAAAACCACUUGUAAAGAAUAAGUGAUGUGAGCCAUGAUCAUAAAUUGGGAUUGAUUCUAAAAUAAAUACGUUUGUAACAUUUGAGGACACUGAACACGUGGCCUUCAGAACAGAUACAUGGUUUAAAAUAGACUAAAAUAUAUACUGUAUAUAAGUAUUUUUACUGAAAUCUGUCACUAGUGCAAUAUAGACAUGGCAUUCUAGGUAUGCAGUAUUUGUCCUCGGACAGUUAACACUUUUGUUAGCCUUAGUCAUCGUACUUCUUGUUUUCAGCUUUUGUAAGAUUUGAGAACUGAAUAAUUUUCUCAGUGCUCAGUUGCAAAAAAAAAAAAUGAAAACAUACUACAGAGGUAUUUUUGCCAAGAAAGAAUAGUAAUAUAUGAAACCGCACUGAAAUGUUCUAAUAGUCCUAAAUGCAAGCUGAGAUUCCCCCCCCCCCCCCCACACACACAUGUAUAUUUUUGCCAUUAUCUGAAUUAUUUCAGCUUUGGGGAAAAAACAAAACUGUGUAUAUGUUAUGUUCAUUUUUGUUAUGACUGACUAUGCCUACUACAGUGUGAAAAAUGCAGAUGCCAAAUGGGUUAGAUAAUUAAGUGUUAACACCCUUACAUUGAUAUUUUUAAAGAUGUAUUUUAUAUUAAAAUAAUUUUCACAGAUGAAAGUUUUAUGGUUCGAUUA